AUGAAACGAUCGUUAACUAAUCGAUUGAUUGUUCAUGUCGCUUGUUGUGAUUUGAUUAUUUUAUUAUUAAAUCUUCCUGAUUUGAUUCAAUUUGUUUCAUCAAUAAAUGGAAAUUGGUUUUUGAGUGAAUUUUCAUGUAAAUUAAUUCGAUCGAUACUCGUUUUUGCUCAAUAUGCAUCUGUAUUAACAAUGUGUGCAAUUACAAUUGAAAGAUUUAUUGGAAUUGUUUAUCCAUUACGAUCAAAAUUCUUAGGUGAAAAGAAACGUUUACGAUAUGUGACAUUUUUAGUUUGGCUCUUUUCAUUUGUUUGUGCAUCACCGAAUUUAAUCUAUUUACGCGUGAUUUCCUAUUCAUCAACACAUCGUUCAUGUUCACUUCUAUAUUCUCGAAAUUUCCUAAAUAAUCAACGAUAUUAUAUCAUUCAUAAAGCACUUGAAUCAACAAUUUUCUAUUUUAUUCCCCUUUUUUUACAAUUGUAUUGUUAUAGUCGAAUUGCAACGAAAUUAUUUCAUGUGGAUCAAACACUUCAAUCGUCUUUACCUUUGAAUACAAUUCCAAAUUAUCAACGAACACAGGAAGAUUUAGAUGACGAAGAUGAUGAAAUUGUACCAAACAGAGUAACACGAACCGACAGUUAUGUUCGUUCACCAAUGAAUGUUAAAUCGAAGAAUUUAUUACCAAAAUUGGUUUCAUCAUUAGAUGUUUCUGAAUUAUCAAUCACAAAGAAAUACAAUGAAGAUAAACAUUGGCAGAUCUAUUCGAAUACAUUGAAAUCUCGUCGGAAUGUGAUCAAAAUGUUAAUUGUCGUCAUUGUGAUUUAUUUUAUUUCAUUUAGUCCUCAAGUUCUUGUUUUUCUUUUAUUUCAAACGAAUGCAAUUCGUCGUGUUCCUCAAUUUAUUCAAACACCUUAUUUUAUGGCAUUGACAAUGCUUUUGAUUACGAUCAGUUCGGCGUCAAAUCCGAUUGUUUAUGCGAUUUUUUGUUUCAAAUUUCGACAAAGUUUUCAAAAUCUUCUUCGACAGUUUUGUUUUUGGAAACGAUUCAAAUUAAAUUGUCAUUUCAAUCGUAGACAAACGUCAAAUGAAAUUAAAACAAAAACUCGUCUUGUUUUAACUUAG